ACAGUAAAGUUUCCCUGGCUCAUCCACUCAACUGUUAGCUAGAGGUUGGACACGCUAUUAAAAAGAAUAAAAAUGACGAGGUGAGGUAUUCCUCCAAGUUUUUUUCAUGGACUUGACAGUUUGAAAUCCGAAGAAGCCAAGACGUAUUCAAAGCAGGUCGAAGUCAAGCAUAAGUAGAGCUGAAAUCCCUGGCCGCUCUUCUUGAGACAUCCACAAGCACCCUGCUGUCCCUGCCAUCAAGGUGCCUUUUAACAUGGUGACAAUAAAACCACACACUGCACAGUGAGCCAGAGGAGAGUCGCGGACAUUACACGUCGCAUCACCAUCAUCUGAAAGGAUCCCAGCGCAGCGCCAGCCUGGUGCAGUCAUGCAUCUAGAGGUGAAGGUUGCCCUCAACUUCAUCGUGUCCUAUUUGUACAAUAAGCUACCUCGGCGUCGAGCUGACCUUUUCGGAGAGGAACUUGAGAGGAUUCUGGUGUCUCGCUUUGAGGGUCACUGGUACCCAGAGGACCCUCUUCGAGGUUCUGCGUUCCGCUGCCUUCACUUGGGAGCCCCCAGGGACCCUGUUGUGGAGCUGGCCGCCAAGAGAAGCGGACUGGACACAGAUGAAGUGCGUGCAAACGUCCCUGCAGAGCUCAGCGUGUGGAUCGACCCCUUUGAGGUGUCCUACCAGAUUGGAGAGAAGGGGGCGGUGAAGGUGCUGUACCUGGACGGCCCACCAGGCCUCAGCUGUGAUGGUGAGAGGCCUGAGGGGGCAAUGAGAGAGGUUAAAGGAGAAACAGAGUUGGAGGAAACUAAGAAUCUGGGCUUCAAUCCAGAUGCUCAGGUCUUUAUUCCAAUUGGAAGCCAGUCAUCUCCUUCCCUCAUGCCGUCGCUCUCCAGUUCUCCCACACCGCCGUCUGCCCAGCCUUGCCCCGGGCUCUUCAGCUACCCCACCUCCAGCUCACCCGCCGACCCCGCCGACCACUCCUCCAACACAUCCACCCCUUCUCCUCCCACCGGCGGGCUGCCCUACCUCGCCGUUCAGCAGCCCACCUCCUCCCUACCGGCCGCCCGUCCUCAACCCAUCACUUUCACGACAGCCGCUUUCGCAGCCACCAAAUUCGGUUCCACCAAGAUGAAGAAAUGCAGCGUGGCCGGCUCCUCGGCGACCUCCAACGGCGUGGUCGGUGUCCCCGCACAGAGGAUUCUCUCCCACUCUCCCACCGCCAUCUUGGCUCCGGAGCUGCUUAAGCACAAGCCGCUGUCUCUGUCCAUGCACUCGCUCGGAGGUCCCCUCCCCAGCCAGCUGUCCCCCAACGCCAAAGAGUUUGUCUACCCAGGAUCCCCGGGUCCCCUCUACUUUGAUGCUGACCCCCAGCCCAUGCAACCUCACACAAGCCCAUUCCAGCCCCCCCACACUGUCAACACCCACCCGUCUUUUGACCCUUUUUCAAGCCCUCCUCCAUCCCAGAGUGUGGGCAUCAUGGGCGCCAACGGUGAGAUCUCCUACAUGGAGAAGCCGCCAUUUGUUGAAGGUUUAGGGAGCUACAACCUGCAAUAUCCCAGCCAGUCCUUCCAGCCUGUUGUGUUGGCCAACUGAGCCUUCAUUUGUCAAGGAGCCUGCUAUAUAUUACAUUUGUCUAACAAACUAAUAGUACUACUAAUGCAAGCUAGCACUUGGUUUUUCUAGGAGAUUUCUGUCUCUCAUUAGCUCCUGAUAGGUUUUGUUUUUGUCCAGUGCUCUAGCUCAUCACAUUUUCUGGGCCAAGUUCCUCUUCUGCUUUUAUCAUUGCCAAGCUCAUUGUUAUUCAUUGGACGACAAGUAAUAAUGGACCCUGGCUGUGGUAAAGCUGCAGUUUGCACAGCACUGUCACGCAGUGGGGAAAAAAAAAAAGGAGCCAGCCAAGUGCUGCACUUUGCUCUGCAAUCUGUUCCUACAGGGGGUGGGCUCUGCUGUCUGGGCGUGCGCGUGUUGUGAUGCUGGGAUUUUGUUGCGGCUCAAUCUGGAAAGUGACAUCACAGGAGCGAAUAUUGAAAGCAGCUGGAACGCAUCCACGGCGUGUUUGGCGACAAAGUAAGAAUGUAAUUCAUCUGUCGGCGGGCAAGGUCGCAGAAACCUGAAGCUUUGCAUCUUAAGUAGACGGCGCUCACGUGCGGAUACCUGCAGUCAUGUGCACACAGGGGAUGCAAGUUUUGACAAACACACAUUUCCCAUUGUCGGUGUUGGUGUGUGUGAAGGUGAACAGGCACAGGAAGGGGAUGGGGGGGGGGUUGUAUCCAGCUGUUAAGCAGAAGAGAUUUUGAUAAAUGGCUCGGUGUGACUUUGGGGAUGUAGGAGUGCUUCUCCUCAGCUAGCAAGGCAGCAAAAGGGGUUGGCAUCCAGUGUGUGUUGACUCUGAGAGCGACAUUUUUAAAACCCACAACACGUUGCCGGUGAGCUUAAAUGGUAUUGAAGCGAAGGGCUGACAUUAUUCCUCCGUGCAGAGAGAGAGAGAGAGAGAGAGAGAGAGAGAGCAGAAAAUGGUGAAGCUCGUUCUCGUCUCCGAGUCGUCAAGUGGACAUAGAUGAAUGUUUGUUUUUGACGGCAGGCUUCUGUUGCUAUUUGAAGCGUCUUUUUUCAGGUGUGACGUGUUUAUGAUUGGUCACUUCUCCAAAGGGCACGCCCAAAUGUCCAUUUAGCACUUUAUCGCUUUAGAAUUUAACGUCCACGACCAUCUACUUCGGUUGCAAACAUACUGUCAUGAAACGUAUUGAUGGCGUGGAAAUUGACUCAGUUAUGUCCAUUGAAUGUUUUCUAGAUAUGUAUCCAUGUGUUUUUGUACCUGAAGACACUUAACUGAUGCUUACACUGGUAUUUGGUCACCCCACCCCCACCCCCACCCCCGACACCUCUUUGUAAAAUGUUAGGAUUGUGAGGAAAAUACGGAUUGUUUUUCUUCUGUGAUAAAAUAUAUUUUUGUUUUUGCAAACCAUGUUAAAAAGAAAAAAAAUGUAAAUAGAAAGUUCUUACGUUCAGAUUCUUGGUUUAGUUUCUUACAUGCCGAAGUUAUUUUUUCAGAAACGAACAUGAAUAUAUGCAAACCGAGACAAAAAAAAAUAAAGAUGUGCAGAGUCACGAAUUGAAUGUGUAUUGUACCUUGUACUGUACGUUAAGUCUAACCAGAUGGGUAGUUGCAGAAUGUUUACAUGAGGUGGAUAUCCUGUCACUGUUUCAAUCUGAAAACACUAAAUCUCCACUUACGUUCAUGUCGGUGCAUUAUCGGUCUGAUAGAUUAAAAAAAAUAAUAAUUGACAACACCAGUCAGCUCUUUAUUACCUCUUUUCCAGUCUUCAUGAUAUAGCCAUAAAACGUUCUUACAGUUCCCUCGACCUCAGUCCAGCGAAAAGACCCUGAAGGGGUUUUCUACAUCUCAUCUCCCUGAAUAGACCCACAGUAUUCAUGUCUCUACGGGAAGAUGUCUGACGGAAGGUUGUACUGUUGGUCGAUCCUGGUUGCGAUGGCCUGCACAAGCCUGACUGGGAGGGGGGGGAACCUGCAUAUUUUAUUGUGCUUGAAAGAAGCGGCUGCAGCGUGCACAUGCUCCAAAUAACACGUUUCAAAUGUGCACGUGCAGGCCAUCCUCCCAAUCGGGGUGGAAGAGAAACUAGAAUUUUGUAUUCUGAUGUCCUUUUGCUUAUAUCCACUGUUUUAUUUUGCACUUUGGAAUAUUUCAUUGUUAUAAAAGAAGUUUAUUUUCUAUGUGAAAUGGAACAUUUAAAAGAUAUACAAAUAGUUCUUUCCUUUUCUGCCUGUAUUUUUUAUUAUGUUUCCUAUUUUGUAUCUGAUCUGUACACCCUAUAGAUGUGUAAUGAGUCUUUCACGACUGAAAUGCAAUGACCUGUUUUCUCGGAACGGGGCGUUACUACAGCAGUUUCUUAUUGUAUCCGAUUUCUUUUUUAAGUUUGUAAUAAAAAGACCAGUAAAGCAUGGAAAAUAAGCUGCGUGUCUCGCCCUGUUUAUUGCAGAACAAUGCACCAUAGCAACCUCCAUGUCUAAAAAGUAGAUCGCGUGUCUGAAAUGCUCCAGUGAUGCGUCCAAAUAUGGCAGUAAACAAACUCUGGUGAUGUUUGAUCAAUUAUUCAAAGAUAAAAUUCCCGGCUGGUGAGGAGCCAGAUUGCUCACCACCCACCUCAGCCGAUAUUACCUCACAUUUCAUCAUGCAGCACAACACCCAAUCUGUUGUGUAGCGCUUUGGCCUGCUCCCAGCCUGUCUAUAGUAACGUGUAGUGACAUUAACAUGCAUGGCCGGCCUCCUCCUUGGCUCUCCUCUUCCUCCAUCUCCAUCCAUCCAUCUUCUUUGCCCCGCCUCAGCAUUUCCUCUCCCAUCCAUCCCCAAGCCCCUCCUUUUCAGGAGCCUCCAUCCUUUGUCCUUGUCCUCCCUUCGGAUUCUCAGAGCCCCUCCCUUGCAUCCUCACUUUCGUUUCUGGAUACACACAAUCUUCUUUGAAGCUGCUGCUGUUACGCAACACUGCUCCCCUGUGUGUGGAUGUGAUCAUUACGCAACAGCUCCUACUCUUCUGGAAUACUGAUGAGCAGCAGCUCUGAUGCCAGGAGGGAACAGUCGAGAGAGAGAGAGAGAGAGAGAGAGAGAGGGGGGAAGGCGUGCAGCAUCCAAACAAAAACACCUUGCGUGUAUGUGCGUGCACACGUGCAGCACACACCCACCUCUGCGAGCUGCUUGAUGACAAGUCAAGGUCAAACGCUUGCCUUUAUAUCUUGAUUUAUUUGAUAUGCAUGAUACACCAUACAGUAAGAACUAUGGCACUGCAGUGUCAUGUCAUGUAUCCAUACAUGAUCGGGACAAUACAAAAAACACCCAACAAAAAAAUCAUAUUUAUAGAAAAGGAGAAAAGCAAAACACCAAAAAAAAAUAAAAUAAAACAGUAAAAACCUAUUGAAAUAUUUUCUCUUAUUAUAGAGUUGGAGCUACUAUAAAGUGAUGCCAAGCAAAAUGAAUAACCAUUUCAGACCCAAUUUUACCUUCAAAUGUACACAUUAGCGCCACCAACAGGUAAAGGAAACAACAAAAACAUCACACUGGAGAUGCUGCUAUAUGGAAUUUGUGCUUGACAUAGUAAGUUUUACACAGAGAGAAGCGUAUAUCUUGUUAUACAUGCAAAACAAAUGUGCUUAGCGUAAAAUCAGACGACUGUAUGAAGAGAUCUUGCACGUACUGCCUAUAGGUGGCGCCAGUGCUGCACACUUUGAAGGUGGCAACACAUCACACAUGCAAGACUACUUCUCAUUAGUCUGGUAUGUCAAAUUUAAUAUUAGUGAGUGCGUCUGUUGUCUUUAAGCACAAAAUAAAAUGCUACAUCCUGUCCGACUCCAACUAAAUGAUCUCGCUUGGCUCGUCGUCAGAUUGAAUUUUUAAAAAGCGGGAGUCCUGACGUAUAAAGAGUCCAAUGCAGUGCAUAUUUUGUUUGAAUGUCAAUGCAAAAAAAAGAAAAAAAAGACAAGUGUCUGUAGUACACCCUCACAAACGACCAAGAGAACAC